AUGAAAAAUGUGUCAGUAGAAAACACACAGAAAAUACGUCGUACAGGAUUGGCAUCUGCUAAUGCAUUAGGGAAAAAAUUGUCAAUGUUUGUUAUUGGCAAAGCUAAAUCACCCAGAUUCUUUAAAAAUGUAAAGCAUUUACCCUGCCGUUAUCGCAGUCAGAAGAAAAGUUGGAUGGAUGGCACACUAUUCGAGGAACGGGUUAGUGAAACUGAUCGGCAACUUACAAAGGAAAGACUAAAAAUUGUUUUAUUAGUUGAUAAUUGUCCAGCUCAUCCAAUCAUUGAUAAUCUCGAAUCAAUAGAACUAAUUUUUUUACCAUCAAACACUACCUCGAAGCUACAGCCGAUGGAUCAGGGCGUGAAUAGGUCACUUAAUGCCCAUUAUAGAACACUAUCUGUUCAAAAAUUAAUAAAUGCAAAAGAAAAAAAAAAGCCUCUUCCGGAAAUUACUAUAAUGGAUGCCAUGCAAAUGCUUGAUGUUGCUUGGGGGAAGGUGAAGACCGAAACUAUUUGCAAUUGUUUUGCUUUGGCAGGAAUUUCAGAGAAAAUGUGUUUUGACGCCUCUGUAGAUGUGGAUGAUCCCUUUGAGGAUCUCAAAGACCAAUUAGAAAAGCUUGCUGUUCAUUCAUCCUAG